AUGAAGUUCCUUUGCCUACCCGGAGGCUACUCCAACUCCAAGGCCCUAGCAACGCAGCUCGGCCCAUUCUGCGAUGCCUUGAGAUCAAGCGGAGAAGCCAACUUCUCCUUCACUCAGGGAACAUCUCCAGUCUACCCCCCUCCAGAGUUCCAGGGGUUCUUUGGUCCGCCUCCAAAUUUUACUUUCACGCAAGUCGACUUCCCCGAGCUGGUGCAAUUCAACAUGCGCGACUUCCCUCGGCGCGAGACACCCGAAGCUACCAUGAAAUACGCAGUUGAAAAGGCGGGAAACCCCAGUUUCUCUAUUAUCAAAGAAGCCAUGAGUCGCCUCAUCCAAAUGCUAGACAACGAUAUUGAGAUUGAAGGGGUUCUCGGUUACUCCGAGGGUGCUGAGAUCGCGGCUUCGCUCAUUCUGGAGGAGGAGCGACUGCGAAGGGAAACCGGGCGCAUUCCUCGGCUCAAAUGCGCGGUUUUCAUGUGUGGUUGGCCACCCAAGGAUCCGGUCACUGGUAGCAUUGUUUUGGCGGACGAGUACGAUAGUGAAGUCAUCACGAUUCCUACCUGUCAUGUUGUUGGUGCCGCUGAUCCAUUCCUCGAUGGAUCGAUGGCACUCUAUAAUGUGUGUGAUCCCGAUACCGCCGAUUUGUUUGAUCACGGUGGUGGUCAUGCUAUUCCGCGAACCAAGGAGACUCUCUUGGAUCUCACUCGUAUCGUCAGAGAUAUGAUCAUCUCCGUGGCGUAG